UUGCCUUCCGCCUCCGCUUCUCUCUCCAUUUCCUCUUCUCCGUCCAUCCUCCUCACCAUGAGGCCCUCGUCCAUGGCGGCGGCCGCGGAUUCAAGGUCACUCGCCGCCAGACGCCACCGCCAUGGCCGAGCGAUUGCUUUCUGCAGCCGCCGCCGUGUCGCCACCUUCGCCCUCCUCGCAGCCUCUGCCACCGCCCUCCUCGCCGUCUUCUCCUCCUCUGAGCCUCUUCUCCCACCGCCUCCUUCCGUUCUCGUCCGCCUCCAACAAAUCCAACCUACAACUCAUUCCUCCACUCCUCCUCCUGGGCCGCCAUCCCCAACACCUCCAAGCCCUUUGGAUUCGGCUUCCGCAGGGUUGAUCCCUAACCGUGCCGAUGCAAAGCACCGACCUUUGCGCGGCCAUGAGGUGGCUUAUUGGAGAAUGGCGCCGGAGGAGGCACUCAGGCGUGUCAGGAAGGAAUUAGACGACGCCCCUGCAGUUUCCGAUGAUCCAGAACUGUAUUCCCUUCUGUUCCGCAACGUAUCGAUCUUCAAGAGGAGCUAUGAACUGAUGGAGAGAAUACUUAAAGUUUAUAUCUAUGAAGAUGGUCGAAGACCCAUUUUCCACACACCAGAACUUCAAGGUAUUUAUGCUUCUGAAGGAUGGUUUAUGAAAUUGUUGGAGGAGAACAGGGGAUUUGUGACUAAGGAUCCAAGCAAAGCUCAUUUGUUCUAUCUACCAUACAGUAUAAGGAAGCUAAAGCUUGCCCUUUAUGUGCCUAACUCACACAACAUGAGGCCCUUAUCGUUGUUUCUAAGAGACUAUGUGAACGACAUUGCCGCAAAGUAUCCCUUUUGGAAUCGAACUAGAGGAAGGGAUCAUUUUUUGGUUGCUUGCCAUGACUGGGGACCUUACACGACGAUUCUACAUGAAGAACUUUGUAAGAACACCAUCAAAGCCCUGUGCAAUGCUGAUGCUUCGGAAGGUAUAUUUAUUCGCGGAAAAGAUGUGUCACUCCCCGAAACCACUAUCAAAGUGCCAAAGAGGCCUCUUAAGUACGUCGGUGACGGGAGGCCCAUUUCUCAGCGUUCUAUUCUUGCCUUCUACGCUGGUAAUAUGCACGGAAGGGUCAGGCCAAUCCUCAACAAGCACUGGGGGAAUGACAAAGAUGAAGACAUGAAAAUCUAUAGACGACUCCCGAAUAGAGUCUCAAGGACAAUGUCCUAUGUCGAGCAUAUGAGAGCCAGCAAGUUCUGCAUCUGUCCCAUGGGUUUUGAAGUCAACAGCCCAAGGAUUGUAGAGGCCAUACAUGCUGAGUGUGUUCCAGUGAUCAUAGCCGACAAUUUUGUUCUCCCUUUUGAGGAAGUGUUGGAUUGGAGUUCGUUUUCUGUAGUAGUCGCCGAGAAGGAUAUACCAAACUUGAAGAACAUAUUGUUAGGGAUAUCUCAGAGAAAAUACAUCAGAAUGCACAAUUGUGUGAGGAGGCUGAAGAAGCACUUCCUGUGGCAUGCCAAGCCACUCAAGUAUGACAUCUUUCACAUGAUUCUACAUUCGAUAUGGUUCAGUAGGUUGAACCAGAUACAACAAUAUCAGGAAUAGUGGAACUCUAGUUCUGAAUUUCGACGAGUAGCUCGCGAGUCUGACGGAAGAAGAUAUGGAAUUUGCAAAACUUAUGGUAGUAAAUCUUCUUCUUCUCUUCUUUUCUACCUUGUGAGAUUUUGCUCCAAUAUGAGAGUGUAAGCUGAGGCACUAAAUAGGUAAACACAGUAAAUUUAUAUUUUUGUUUUGGAAUUUAAAGGAUAUGGAUAUUGUCCUAAGAUAUGAUGUUCUAAUGUAAUUGAUGUUUUAUACAAAA